AGAGAAAGUGUGCGUUGUACGUUACAAGAAAGCCUGUGCACAAGUAAGCACUACGUGUAGUCAAGUAUUCAUAUGUGUCAGCAUCGUGUCUUUGUUUAAUAAAAAAUAAAGUAAAGUAAAGAGGGAGAAGUUAUCGCUUUGUACGUCUAUGCCAUAGCCAUGGGGGUAGAGAAAUCGGCGUUGACGAUUGGGGAACGGGAACGGUAUUGAGAAAAAGAGUCGUCGACUGGACUGGCUCACCAGUUAGAGUUAGUAGUAGUACUCUACGGCAGCGGUCGUCAGUCGAGUCUAGAAAAUUAAACGAUAAAGAGACUCACGGCAUUGUGUUUUUUACAUGUGCGGUUUUAUAAUUCAAAUAAUAUAUAUAUACAUAUAUAUAAAUAUAUACUUAUAAGCCGCUAGGCUUUAAUACAUAAAUAUACUUAAACUAAGUAAGUUUACAAUCUGCCAUUAAUUAAAAACUUAAAUAAAUAUAAUUACAUAUUUUUUAAAUUUAAAUAAAAACGGUUUGAUUUUUAGUUCGGCGUCAGCAAAUACAAGCCCGUGAUAAAAGGUGAUUUUUUUUUAUUUUUACACGAAAAAUAUAAAGACUAGAAUUGUUGGGUGUAAGAAAAAGAUAUACGUGUGCGCGUGAGUUAAUUUUUUUUUUUUUUUUUUUUUUUUUUUGUUGCAAAGACAAGAAAGGCGGUGACUCUCUCUUCUACACAUCAGUAACAGCAGCAGCAGAAUAUUGUGUGUGUAUUGGUGUGUGGAUGUAUACUUUGUGUUAUCCGUGUGUGUACGUGUGUGUGUAGAGUACGCUAAACAAAAAUGGCGGAUGGCGAUUCGAGGGUAGACCGGUCGGAUCCGGAGCUGCGUUACCUAUCAGUUGACAGGAAUAAUUUCAAUGACCCGGCAACCCAAGCAGAAUGGACCCAGAAAAAAUUAGUCUGGGUUCCUCACGAGACCCAGGGCUUCGUCGCCGCGGGGAUCAAAGGCGAGCGCGGUGAUGAGGUCGAGGUGGAAAUCGCCGAAACCGGCAAGCGGAUACAGGUCGCCAAGGAUGACAUCCAGAAGAUGAAUCCUCCUAAAUUUGAUAAGGUUGAGGAUAUGGCGGAAUUGACGUGUCUCAAUGAGGCCUCGGUACUUCACAAUCUCAAGGACCGGUACUACUCUGGACUAAUAUAUACGUACUCUGGGCUGUUCUGUGUAGUCGUUAAUCCUUACAAAAGGUUACCGAUUUAUACAGAAAAAAUAAUGGAACGGUAUAAGGGCAUAAAAAGACAUGAAGUACCUCCUCACGUUUUUGCCAUCACCGACACUGCCUACCGUUCUAUGUUACAAGAUCGUGAAGACCAGUCCAUACUUUGUACCGGAGAAUCCGGAGCUGGAAAAACAGAAAACACUAAAAAAGUUAUUCAGUAUCUAGCCUACGUCGCUGCUUCAAAACCUAAAUCAAAUGCCACCCCAAGUCCGGCGUUAAUAAUCACUGGAAGUGCAUCGGAUAAAUUUGCGGGUGAAUUGGAACAACAACUUCUGCAGGCAAAUCCUAUUUUAGAAGCAUUUGGAAAUGCUAAGACAGUUAAAAAUGAUAAUUCAUCAAGAUUUGGUAAAUUUAUAAGAAUAAAUUUCGACGCAAGUGGUUACAUUGCUGGUGCAAAUAUCGAGACAUAUCUACUAGAAAAAUCACGGGCAAUACGUCAAGCUAAGGAAGAACGAACGUUUCAUAUAUUUUAUCAGUUACUAGCUGGCGCGUCACCAGAGCAAAAGAAAGAGUUUAUAUUAGAGGAUCCAAAACUGUAUCCAUUCCUGUCUAAUGGCGCGCUGCCAGUGCCCGGAGUCGAUGACGCAUCUGAAUUUUCAUCAACCGUUAAGUCAAUGCACAUAAUGGGCAUGACUAAUGAGGAUUUUUCAUCAAUAUUCCGUAUCGUGUCUGCAGUGAUGCUCUUCGGGUCGAUGCAAUUCCGGCAGGAGCGCAACUCGGACCAAGCAACACUGCCAGACAACACCGUCGCCCAGAAGAUUUCCCAUCUACUGGGCCUCAGUGUCACUGAGAUGACGAAGGCAUUUCUCAAGCCGCGCAUCAAAGUCGGCCGCGAUUUCGUAACAAAGGCGCAGACAAAGGAACAAGUUGAGUUCGCCGUCGAGGCGAUAUCCAAAGCUUGCUACGAACGUAUGUUCCGUUGGCUGGUCAACAGAAUAAAUCGUUCGCUGGACCGCACGAAACGUCAGGGCGCGAGUUUUAUUGGAAUUCUCGACAUGGCGGGAUUUGAAAUAUUCGAAUUAAACUCUUUCGAGCAGUUGUGUAUAAAUUACACCAACGAAAAACUCCAGCAGCUGUUUAACCACACGAUGUUCAUUUUGGAACAAGAGGAGUAUCAGCGCGAAGGUAUAGAGUGGAAGUUUAUUGACUUCGGUCUUGAUUUACAGCCGACGAUUGAUUUAAUCGACAAACCCAUGGGUGUCAUGGCGCUGCUGGAUGAGGAAUGCUGGUUCCCCAAAGCAACUGACAAAACUUUUGUUGAAAAACUCGUCAGUGCUCACAGUGUCCAUCCUAAAUUCAUGAAAACAGAUUUUCGUGGUGUAGCUGAUUUCGCAAUAAUCCAUUACGCCGGUAAAGUUGAUUACUCGGCAGCUAAAUGGCUUAUGAAGAACAUGGACCCGUUAAAUGAGAAUGUCGUCAGUCUGCUACAGGCAUCUCAGGAUCCAUUUGUUUGUCAUAUAUGGAAAGACGCUGAGAUUGUCGGUAUGGCACAACAAGCAUUAACUGACACACAAUUUGGAGCACGAACACGUAAAGGAAUGUUCCGUACAGUAUCGCAAUUGUACAAAGAACAGUUGGCUAAAUUGAUGGUUACAUUGAGAAAUACAAAUCCUAAUUUCGUACGAUGCAUUAUUCCAAAUCAUGAGAAACGAGCUGGUAAAAUAGACGCUCCUCUGGUGCUAGAUCAAUUGAGAUGCAAUGGAGUGCUCGAGGGAAUAAGGAUUUGUCGUCAGGGAUUCCCUAAUCGUAUUCCCUUCCAAGAGUUCCGUCAGCGCUAUGAAUUACUAACGCCGAAUGUUAUUCCAAAGGGUUUUAUGGACGGCAAGAAAGCGUGCGAGAAAAUGAUCCAGGCAUUGGAAUUGGAUCCGAAUUUAUACCGCGUUGGUCAGUCGAAAAUUUUCUUCCGCGCUGGUGUCCUUGCUCACCUUGAAGAAGAGCGCGAUUAUAAAAUAACAGACCUCAUUGUUAAUUUCCAAGCAUUUUGCCGCGGAUUCCUCGCGAGACGUAACUAUCAAAAACGACUUCAGCAACUGAAUGCUAUAAGAAUUAUACAGCGUAAUUGCGCGGCUUAUUUGAAGCUCCGUAACUGGCAGUGGUGGCGAUUGUACACCAAAGUGAAGCCUCUGCUGGAGGUCACUAAGCAGGAAGAAAAAUUGACGCAGAAGGAGGAUGAGCUGAAGCAAGUACGUGAUAAGUUGGAGAUGCAGUUGCAUUCGGCGCAAGAGUACGAGCGUAAAUAUCAGCAGGCGUUGGAGGAGAAGACGAUGUUGGCUGAGCAGUUGCAGGCUGAAGUGGAACUUUGUGCUGAGGCUGAAGAAAUGCGAGCACGUUUGGCGGCACGCAAACAAGAGCUUGAAGAAAUUUUGCAUGACUUGGAAGCUCGGAUCGAGGAGGAAGAAGAACGCAGCAAUGCUUUGAAUCAGGAGAAGAAAAAAUUACAAUUAAAUAUAAGCGACUUAGAGGAACAGUUGGAGGAGGAGGAAGCAGCGAGACAGAAAUUGCAGUUGGAGAAAGUCCAGUGUGAUGCUAAAAUUAAAAAAUUGGAAGAAGAUUUAGCUUUGUCGGAUGACACUAAUCAGAAAUUGCUUAAAGAAAAGAAGCUGCUUGAAGAACGAGCCAAUGAUUUGUCUCAAACUUUGGCUGAGGAAGAAGAGAAAGCCAAACAUUUGGCUAAACUGAAGGCUAAACACGAGGCUACGAUCGCUGAUUUAGAGGAGAGACUAUUGAAAGACCAUCAACAGAGACAGGAAGUUGAUCGUUCGAAACGGAAAGUCGAGACGGAGGUCUCGGAUCUCAAGGAUCAGUUGGGCGAGAGAAAGGUCCAGGUGGAAGAGCUACAGUUGCAGUUGGGAAAACGCGAGGAAGAGCUGAACCAGGUGAUGCUGAAGGUUGAUGAAGAAGCUGCAGCUAAGGCUCAGGCACAAAAAGCACUCAGAGAGUUGGAGUCACAGCUGGCGGAGCUUCAAGAAGAUCUUGAAGCUGAAAAAGCUGCGAGAAGCAAAGCCGAGAAACUCAAGCGUGACUUGAAUGAAGAACUGGAGGCUCUGAAGAAUGAAUUGUUGGAUUCAUUGGACACUACUGCUGCUCAGCAGGAGUUGAGAAGCAAGCGCGAGCAAGAAUUGGCUACGCUGAAGAAAAAUUUGGAAGAAGAGACGUCUGUUCACGAGGGCACGCUUGCUGACAUGCGUCACAAGCACACGCAGGAGUUGACGGCAAUCAAUGAGCAGAUGGAUGCGUUGAAGAAAGCUAAAGCUGCCUUGGAAAAAGCCAAAGGCUCUUUGGAAGCAGAGAACGCUGAUCUAGCGACUGAGUUACGGUCAGUUGGUGCCAGCAGACAAGAAUCAGAUCGUCGGCGCAAACAAGCCGAGCAGCAGCUGGUCGAAUUGAAUGCCAAGCUCGCGGAAGUUGAGCGCACCAAGCAGGAGUUGGCUGAACGUGUAAUAAAACUUCAAACAGAAGCCGAAACUAUUUCCCAGCAAUUGGAAACAGCUGAGCUCAAAGCGUCGGCGGCUGUAAAAGCUUCGACUACUUGUGAGUCGCAAUUCACUGAGUUACAGCAGCAGCUGGAGGAGGAGACGAGACAGAAGCUGGCAUUGAGCUCUAAAUUACGCGCACUCGAGAGUGAAAAAGAGAGUUUGCAUGAUCAGUUGGAAGAAGAAGAAGAAGCCAAGCGCGCUCUUGAUAAGCAACUCGUGGCGUUGACUAUUCAGUUGGCUGAGGCUAAAAAACGCGGUGAUGAAGAGGCAGAAGCUGCUAUAGUACUCGAGGAAGCGAGAAAACGCUGCAUGAAAGACAUCGAAGCGCUCCAGAGACAAGUUGAAGAACUUCAAGCUGCCAAUGACAAACUAGACAAGUCCAAGAAGAAAAUUCAGGCUGAGCUAGAGGACUCGACCAUCGAACUAGAGGUACAGAGAUCCAAGGUCAUCGAGUUGGAGAAGAAACAAAAGAAUUUCGACAAAGUUUUGGCUGAAGAGAAGGCCGUUUCUGAGCAGUACGCCGAGCAACGUGACGCUGCUGAACGCGAGGCUCGUGAAAAAGAAACUAAAGUAUUGUCAUUAACACGUGAGCUGGAUGAGAUCAACGAGAAGGUAGAGGAGCUCGAGCGUGGGCGUCGUGGUCUGCAAGCUGAGCUCGAUGAGCUUGUUAACAAUCAGGGCACUGCUGAUAAAAAUGUUCAUGAAUUAGAAAAAGCUAAACGCGCACUCGAGUCUCAGUUAGCUGAACAGCGAUCGCAGGUUGAAGAGCUAGAAGACGAGCUUCAGUUCACAGAAGAUGCCAAGUUACGUUUGGAAGUAAAUAUGCAGGCGCUGAGGACACAAUUCGAGCGCGAUCUCCAAGCCAAGGAGGAGCAAGCUGAAGAAAAACGCCGCGGACUUGUCAAGCAGCUGCGGGACAUCGAGGCCGAGCUCGAAGACGAGAGAAAACAACGCGCUGCCGCGAUUGCCGCUCGCAAGAAGUUGGAGGCUGAUUACAAGGACGUCGAGCAACAGCUGGAGAUGCACAAUAAAGUGAAGGAAGAUGCUCUGAAGCAGUUGAAGAAAUUGCAGGCCCAGAUAAAAGACUGCACAAGAGAAACAGAGGAGGCUCGCGCCGCUCGUGAUGAGCUGGCGACCAGUGCUAAAGAAACAGAGAAAAAAGUUAAAAGUCUUGAGGCUGAUCUACUUCAGCUCACUGAGGAUCUUGCCAGCAGUGAGCGCGCAAGACGUACGGCUGAAAAUGAACGAGAUGAGUUGCAAGAAGAAGUUAACAAUAACGCGAAUAAGGGCACGCUCAUGCUGGAUGAGAAACGUCGACUUGAGGCGAGAAUCGCAGCUCUCGAAGAAGAGCUUGAGGAAGAGCAGUCCAACAGCGAGAUAUUUAUUGAUCGCGCGAGAAAAGGACAGAUCACGAUAGAACAAUUGACAACAGACUUGGCGACUGAGCGGUCGAGUACUCAGAAACUCGAGUCCCAGCGGAUGUUGCUCGAACGACAGAACAAAGAGCUCAAAGCUAAGCUCGCAGAACUUGAAACGGCUCAGCGCGCCAAGACCAAGGCAACUAUUCAAGCCUUGGAAUCAAAGAUCAGCAAUUUGGACGAACAGCUCGAGACUGAAGCUAAGGAACGAUUUGCCCAGCAGAAGAUCAACAGGAAGUUGGACAAAAAGCUGAAGGAGCUGAGUCUACAGCUAGAGGACGAAAGGAGAAACGCUGACCAGUAUAAGGAACAAGUCGAGAAGGCCAAUGCCCGUGUCAAGACUCUCAAGAGACAACUAGACGAGACUGAGGAAGAACUCAGCAGGCACAAAGUUCUCAAACGCAAAGCCCAGAGGGAAAUGGACGAAAUGAUUGAGUCACAUGAAAAUUUGACCCGAGAAGUUGCUAAUCUCAAAAAUAAGCUCAGGCGAGGAGGCGGGGCGACUAUUGGCUUGAGUUCAUCCCGAUUGACAAAACGCGGCUCCGUACAAACAGGCGGUUCCGGUGAUGACUCAACAACUCAAGACGAGAGUAUCGACGGCGAAGAAAGUAUCAACUAAAUCGUGCAGUGACACAUUUUUUUAAUGCAAUAAAAUUAAUUAAUUAAUUAAUUAAAUUUUCCAUAACGCAUAAUAUAAAAUUUAAAUUAACGCUCGACCGCAAAUAUAAAAAAAAAAAUAGACAUUAAUAAUAAUUUUUCUUAAUUAUCAGUGAUUAUUUUGAACGCCACUUCAUGAAACAUUUUCAUGACAAAAAAAAAGAUAUAUAUAAUUUACAAGUUUUGUAAAUUGGUAAUAGUAAAACAAGAAAAGAAAAAAAACCAAUUUAUUUCUUUAUUAUAUAAUUAAUUUUUUAAAUUUCCACUUACAAUAAGAAGUAAAUAUAUAUAUAAAUAUAAAUAUAGUUGUAUGUAUAUUACUUCGUAUAAGAUGCCAUCGGAUGAGAGAGUUAAAAGAAAUAAAAAAAAAUGUGUACAUAACUACUACUCUACUUACUGCUUUCUAACAAACCGCCGAGCGGUUUUAACGCAAAUACCUGAUUUAUUUCAUUGAUUUAUUCAGUCUAUUUAAUCAAGGUUAAUUGAGAGCUACGAAAUAAUUUAAACUCUUUAAUAAGAGCGUAAAUAAAUUCAUAAAAUAAUUCAUUGAAAUUAUUAGGGUGUUUUUAAAAUAAUAAAACAAUUGUAGGGAAUUAUUGGUGGAAAAAGACAGUUCGAUAAAUUCGAGGGCAGAUUGCUGCAUUAUUAUUAUUAAUAUUAUUAUUAUUAUUAUAUUAUUAUUUUUAUUAUUAUAUUAUAAUUAUUAUUAUAUAAAAAAUGAAAAUAACCAUCUUAAGUAGUAAUUUAAGACAUUAAUGUUUAUAUUAUUUUAUUACGCGUAUGUAUGAAAGCAUCAUCCCGUAUUCAACAAUAAUUAAUAUUAUCAAUAUAUAUAAAAUAUAUUAUUUCAAAUCUCAUUUUAAAUUUCAUUUCAAAAAAUUUUAUCUUUAUUUUUUUUCCACUUUAUUAUUUAAAUUGUUUUACGUAAACAAUUAAAAUUACUAAUGCAUUUAAUUAGAUAACGGAUUUAAAAUUUAAAAAAUUAUUUUUUAAUUGUACUUAAUUUUGUUUUUAUACUUCACUUGAUUGUAAUUUUUUGAAAUGAAAUAAAAGUAGAUAAGUAAUCGAUUUAAAUAUUUAAAAAUUUUUAGAAACUUUUUUGGAUUGACUUUUUCAAUAAAAAUAAACUCAAAUUUAUAUGAUAGUAUAUUUUUUAAUGCACGUAGUUGGGUAAUUUUUUAUAAUCAAUGCAUUUAUUAAAUGGCCUUUAAUGCAAUAGAAAAAAAA